UUUGAGUUCUGAGAAUUGGGGUAAAUUAUAUUUAUUAAUAAAAAAAUAACUAACCCUGAGAAUUGCUAAACUCUGCUGAAAAUUUAGCUCCUUCGUUCUUCAGUUGCCAUUCUCCCCAAAUUACCUUUUCGAAGGCGAUUUACUUCUAUCUCGGAUAUUUUGAUAUUGCCUAGUGGUGAAGUCUUCCUUCAAGAAAAUCUUCUAGACCCGAAUUAUGGCUGGCUGGCAGCGACAUUUGCAGUCAUUAGUGCGUCAGGUUACUAAGAGAUAUGAAUGCAGUCGCAAUGCUCCAUUCAAUACUUUUAGUCAUGCAAAGGCUUCUCUGGUGUCUGGUGAAGCGCCCUGUUUGUCAAGCCUACGGAAUUCAAUUUGUCCUACUAUUUCAAGGCCACUGUAUCUGUAUUUACAGAAAUUGGAGUUCACCAGUUCGAGGAGUUUAUUUGCAGAAUCAUCUGAAGCAACGCCAGUUUCUUCACCAUUAAUACCAGCUUUACCCUCAAGCACUGGAAAUACUGAAACUCAGAAGGCCAUUUCUAAGCCUUCAAAAGUUCAAGCGAUUUUAAAGGGAAUUAAACAGAGUCCUAAGAAGGUAAACUUGGUUGCUGCCCUGGUCCGUGGAAUGCGUGUUGAAGAUGCUUUGCUGCAGUUGCAAGUGACAGUGAAGAGAGCUGCUAAAACAGUCUACCAGGUUAUACAUUCAGCUCGUGCCAAUGCAACACACAAUCAUGGAUUUGAUCCCGACCGUCUUCUUGUUGCUGAGGCAUUUGUUGGAAAGGGGUUCUUCAAGAAAAGGAUAUCAUAUCAUGCUAAAGGUAAAUGCGGGAUAAAAGUGAGACCAGAGUGUAGACUGACCGUCGUGCUAAGAGAGAUAACUCCAGAAGAGGAGGCUGAGAUAGCCAAGUUGAAGGUGCACAAUUUCCGUAAGCUCACUAAAAGAGAAAAACGACUCGUGCCGCAUAAACUUAUUGAGACCACUCCAAUAUGGGAUCGCAAAAGCAAAACUAGAAGUCAGGGUGCUAUGGCUGCGUGAGCUUUGCAGCUCAGUUGAAGGCCGAGUUUUCAUGUUUUAUUGCUAUACUGUUGCUUCCUUUUUUUGUGUACUGGCACGCAUGUGAUUGCCGUUCGUCUAGCAAAAUUGCUCUUUCUCCUUGAAAUUGGAUUUUCUCCCUAUUUAGUUAUAGCAGUAACUAUGAGUGUAGUUAACAUCAUUAGCGGGGAAACAAACAGCAAGUGAAACAAUUGUUCCUGCUUGCUAAGGUUGUUUGAAGAAAGGAAAAUGAAAAAAGAAGAAAAGAAACUCUUUACUUCA